AUGUCUCUGCAACAGAAAGCUCUUCUUCUUCUCAAAAAACAGGGUGACUUCGAGGUUGGCUACCGCAGCAUCCCCAGUCCUGGUGCUGGGCAGCUCCUGGUCAAGAUCCAAUCUGCUGCCUUGAAUCCGAUUGACUACAAGAUCAAGGACACCGGGCUGUCUGUGUCUCAUUACCCUGCCGUUCUGGGCGUGGAUAUUGCUGGCAUUGUCGUAGAAGUAGGAAAAGGUGUUAAGAAUUUCCGCAAGGGCGAUCAAGUAUUGGCGCAUGGCGUGCGCACUUUUUCUAAUGACAUGGCUGCGUUUCAGCAGUACUCACUGACCGUUGCGGAUUUCACUGCAAAGAUUCCUUCGAGCGAGUCUUUCGAUAGCGCAGCUACUGUUCCUCUGGGACUGGAUACUGCGGUAAUGGGCCUGUACGGACAAGAAGUAGGAGCUGGGAUAACUCCACCUUGGGUGAAAAGUGUCAGCAGUCAUGUAUCAAAGAAACCCAUCGUCAUCCUUGGCGGUUCUUCCUCUGUGGGUUCAUACACCAUCCAACUUGCUCGUCUUUCAGGAUUCUAUCCCAUCAUCACCACAGCUUCCCCGAGCAACGAAGACCUCGUCAGAGACUACGGCGCAACCCACUUUUUUGACCGACACCUUUCCGGCGACCAGCUGAAGGCGGCCAUCAGCGAAGUAACCGACAGGCCUAUCAAAAUAGUUUAUGACGCUGUCUCAUUGCCAGAAACACAGUCCGCCGGCUGGGGAUUGCUUACGACCAACGGUGUCCUUGUACUAACCCUUCCGGCGUCGGUCAAGGAAGAUGCAGGCAAGGGGCGCAAGGCCAUCCAGACCUUCGGGAACCCGCAUGCCCCCCAAAAUCAUGAGCUGGGCAGCAGCUGCUGGGCUAUGGUCACAAAGUGGCUCUCAGAGGGUACUAUUCAGGCGGGUUCUGCGAUCACUCCGAACAAGUAUGAAGUACUUCCGGACGGGCUUGAAGGUAUUAUUGAAGGGCUAGAAAGGAUGAAAAUGGGACAGGUAUCUGGAAUGAAGCUAGUCGCUCGCCCUCAGGAAACACAGUAA